AUGGCGAAGGCAAGCACAAAUUUGGGAUAUCCAACUUAUGUCUAUUCCAGGCCUACCUCCCCCAACAUAGAUUUGCUUAAUGAGUUCCAUUCUUCGGGUGUCACAAUAUUCAAGGGUGCAUUGGAUGAGCGUGAGAAACUAGUGUCGGUUCUUAAAGAAGUUGAUAUUGUGAUUUCUGCAUUAGCAUGCCCUCAAGUUCUUGACCAAUUGAAAAUUAUUGAGGCCAUCAAAGUUGCUGGUAACAUAAAGAGGUUUCUACCGUCAGAUUUUGGAUGUGAAGAAGAUAGAGUAACUGUGUUGCCUUCCUAUCAAGAAUUCCUAAAUAAGAAGAAGAAUAUAAGGAGAGCCACUGAAUUAGCAGAAGGGAUCCCAUAUACUUUUGUGUCUACAAAUUGCUUUGGAGCAUAUUUUGUCAGUUACUUGCUUCGUCCACAUGACCACGAGAAGGAGGACAUAACCGUGUAUGGCAGUGGGGAGGCCAAGGUUGUAUUUAUUUAUGAAGAAGACAUUGGAAGCUAUACCAUUAGAGUGGCAAAUGACCCAAGCAGUGGUGGAAAUAAGAAAAAAUUUUCAGUGGGGACAAAAGUCUACCAGUCCCCGAGAACAUACCAAUAUCGGUCCUACAUAUAG